AUGUCGCGACGUUGUAGGAAUGACCGAACCUCGAAACGGCGAGCCAACACAAAGGUCGCAGGAGUUCAGAUCUUUCAGAGGGCAGGUGCCCGACGUGCGCAUACAUCCCAAUACCAACAUGUCAUUCCACGGUUCAUACUACAAAAAUUCCAACUCGGAAUUCCGAAGUCCAGAAAAGAACGAGACAAAGAAUUUGAACGCACUCGUGUUGAUUCCGAAUGCAUCCUUUACUAUGAUGUUGCUACGGGCAGCCUCGAUACUCGCCCCAUUGGAAAGGUUUACGGUGUAUUGGGUAUCUAUCAGGAUGUCCAUAAUACCAGAAACAUCAACGAACUAGAGCAUAAGCUAGCGCACCUCGAAUCUGAGGCAGCCUCCAUCAUCAAUAAUUUGCAUGAAGCGCUUCCUUGGGGUGCUCUCGCUUUGAAGUGCAGCUCUCUAGAGCUCCUGCAAAAGUUCCUGUUUCUCAUGCAUUUUCGCACCAGAUCACACUCCAGCCGAGCCUUUGAAGUGGAUCGUCCAGAAAACAUACAGGCCCAUCAGUGGGUUGAACGCAUCCUGGAGGCAGAUAGCACUCGAUCUGCUGACGAUAUAUGGCGGCAUACCCUCAGAUACUACCUAGAUUCCUCGCAUUCAGAGCUCAUGCGAGAUGCUGCAUAUGCUGUAGAGAGUGGUGAAGAAGACCUUCCGGAGCAUAUCCCAUCUAUCGCUUAUCGCACUUACUUGGAUGACUAUUUCCUCAGCAUCUGGGAAGCCGCGCAAGGGGAAGAAUUUAUACUCACGCACAAUGCAUUCGGUUUAUCGGAAGGUUCUGCAACUGGCUGCCCUGCCCUGCACCGCAUAUUCGUGCUCAGCCCUCGCAUUGCUGUUGUCCUAUGCAAUGUCCGGCUGCGGCCGGAAACAAAAAGGCGCAGAAGGUCAGGUUCACUCGAGAGCUCCUUGCUCGAUGUGAAUCUAACCCUACCAGUUCCAAACUACACGGCUGAAGAACGUGGCAUACAGCUAUUUUCACACCAAAGGUCCUCAUGGGAGAUGAAAAUCGAUAGUGUUGUGUUCAAAAUCACAAAACUAACCCGAUCCCAAACAUUGGAGCUCAAUUCCGUUGUAUUAUUCAACCUGGAGGAAACAGGCUCUUUGACCUUCCGGUCAGCAACGAAGAUGCUUCGCACCGCGCAUGCAUUUCGGAGUAAUUUCCCGUCGAGCCAUCUGGUCAUUCCGCUCAUUGCACAUUUGACCACCAGCCUUCAGUCAGAAGAAGUGUCGUCCCUUCAUUCAUCAGUAACGUCUUCAGCAGCUUCCCCCGACGAGGAUUUCGACCCCCUUUCACUCGGCGAUUUAGUGCUCUAUGUGCUUCUCAUGCAGAUAUGUUCGGGACGCAAGCAGUCCCCUUCGGCAUAUGAUAGGGCACAUUUCGUCCUGAAGAUCAUGGCAAAGGCAAAAGCAAAACCCACCUCAUUCGCACGCAAAAUCAGCCGAAAAGUCCGCAGGGCUUUCAGGGCAUGCAAGGGAGACAUGGAAGAUGGGAUGUCCUUCGCCGAGGGCGUCAAUCCCGCCCCUUUACUUUCCUCCAUUCCCAGCAAAUUGUCUUCUCAACUCUUCGAAUUGAUGAUACCGUACAUGCACAAACGGGGUGUCAAGAUGUCUGGAGGUGGCGAGACUUUGAAAGUGCUCCAACGUGAUGUUGCCGUGGUGAGCUUUCUGCAACAUGCGUCAUGCAACCCUGGAGUGUGGCAUGCGCUCUCGCAUAGCAGUUCGGAGGCACCCGAGAUCUUGUCAAGACUGUUCAAGAAGGGCACGCCGGCAGAUGAAUUCAUUGCGAAAUUUUCACCGUCAAAAUUCUCUUCCCACUAUAACAGGGCGUACUCUCUGCGAAAAGUAUAUGGCAUGGCCGGGCCCACUACCAGUCCCAUCAGUCAACGUUACUACGGGUUGACGGCUUUCAUAAUCGAAUACUUUGAUCACCUGGCAGUGCUAGGAUUUCCGCCAGAACCGUACUUUUCGCAGUCAUGCAAGAGGUCUAAUGCACAGCUCGUUCACAUCAUGCCAAGGGCGCAUUCGGACUUGCUGAUGAAAUGGAUGAAGAAGUUCCUGCGAGCAGAGCUUGAGGAGUACGAGUACGAGUUGGGAGAGGACACUCUGGAUGAGACCACUAAAGAAUGGGUGGAUGAGAUGGCCAUCGUUGGUUGUCUCGCAUGGCUGGGGAAGCACAGGAGGAAUAUGGUGGAUUUCAUUCUGGAUGGGUUUCCGUUGGGCAUGAAUCUCGAGUUGUUCGAAGGUGAAAGCCACUGGGAGUACCUGAAUUAG